AUGCCAGUCUUAUCAGUACUAACCACAGUUGUCGAGAAUCGAGCCUGGCUUCCGGCUGGUAUGUUGGCUUCAAUUAUGGUACCAUAUGCGACUGGUGCCUUAUGUUGUGGAGCUUUAUCAUGGUUAAUACCGAAAAAGUGGUACUUGUGGUUGGACAAUCGAAUGUAUGACAUCUUUAUGAGCUCUUGCUUGUUUGUGUUUGAGAAUUGUAACGCGACUAAGGUAAGAAUGGGUUAUGUUUUGGCAUAUUAAGGUGGGAAAAAGUCUUGUCGUCAGUUUAUGAAGGUUUGCGGUUGAAAAGCGACAAGAAUUUUUAAUUAUUUGGUGUUUUGAAAAAAAGCUGGUUUAUAUUUUAAAGAGCUUAAAGAAGGCUUGAUAUAAUAAAUAAUCUUUUCCAGCUUCAUCUCUACGGUAAGCCAGAAGCUUUGUAUGGCCUACCAGACUCGGCAAUCUUGAUCUCAAAUCAUCAAAGUGGAGCCGAUUGGGUCUUGAUCAACAUGCUGGCUCAAAGGCACGCUCAACAGUACUCAUUCAGAUUCAUUGUAAAGCACGUCAUACAGUACGUGCCAUUGUAUGGAUGGUACACAUUACAGGUAAGGAUUAUAUUUUCUUGUUUUUACUUAAAAUUAGUUUUGCUAUUUAAACUGAGCUUUUUGGGAUGGUUUUGGUACAUUUUGUACUCAUAUGUUGUAGAUAUCUAUGUUUGAUACUUAAAAUGCGGUUUUUAUUAAAGUGUAUUACCUAAAAUAAGGUUUAUUUUAGAAGAAUGUGAUUUUUUAAUUUUAUUUUAGCGUGGCUUUGUCUAUGUCCGCAGAUUCGGCGAAUUCAUCCCAACAGCGCCAAAAAACCAGCUUCAGUACCUCCGAGACCUUCCAGAACCAGUCUGGCUUCACAUCUUCCCCGAGGGCACAAGAUUCAACAAACAUCGGACAAAGGAAAUCCAAGAAGCCCAUUCUUACUGUAGAAAACGAGAACUCGUAAAACUCAACCACUUACUGAUACCAAAGAUUGGCGGGUUUAAAUUGGCAUUAACUGAACUACGCCCCACUUUAAAUUGCAUCUACGACAUUACAAUCGGCUACGGACUGACUUUGGACGAAUAUAGACAAGAUGACGCUCCAAAUAUGUACGAGUUUGUGACGGGAAGAAGUGAAAGACAUAAUGAAGUGCAUGUUCAUAUCGAUAGAAUUCCAAUUGAACAAGUUCCAGUCGAAGGAAAUGAACUAAAAGCAUGGUUACAUCAACGAUUCGUGGAAAAAGACAGGUAUGGUGGACAUUUUUAAAAAUAUUAUGGGCUUUUGUGGGUGGAAAGGUUGUGGAAUAUGUUGUAAAGGUUAGUAAGGAUAGUAUUGAAGGCUUUGUGAGCAUAAAUAAGGUCUUGAUCAGAGAGUUUUAUUGAAAUCUUUGAGAUUUUAUGACAAAAUGUGGGAACUUCUCGUUAUUUUUAUAUAAUAAUGACUCAAAAUCAAUUAAAUUUUACUAAAAUCUUGAAGAAAAAUAUGUAUUUAAUAAUAUAAAACAAAGCUUCAAGCUAAAAAAUUAAAGAAUUCGGCGAAAAACAGUUAUAUUCAACAUGAUAUGAGCCCUUUUCCUUCUCAAAAGCGAGCGCUGAAGAAGAAAAAGAGAAAUAAAAGAGAGGACGUCGUGUUCCGUUGUGGUCUAGUGGUUAGGAUUUGCGGCUCUCACCCGCAAGGCCCGGGUUCGAUUCCCGGCAACGGAAGAAACCUUUUUGGUAUUUUUAAUAGAUUUUAAAAUUUGAAAGUUGUUUUAUAUUGCGCCUGGGGGAAUGUUAAUGUUGGGUUAUUGUAAAAUAAGAUGUUUUAUUUGCGUUGAUGUAAAGAAAAGAGUUAAAAUAUUGAAAAAAGGCAUAAAAUUUAAAAAAUAACGCGAUUUUUGGCAGUUUUGAAGUUUUUAUAGCUGUGGAAGUUAUGUUGUGAUGCUAUGAAUUUGUACUAUACUAAAAUAUAAGUAAAGAAGAUAUAAUAAGACUAAACUUACAAACAAAAAACCUCCAAAAACUACCAAAAACCCACUAAACACUUCAAAUUGUAGGCUUAUGGCCCAAUUUUACUCGACUGGUCGAUUCCCCGAUCCAGCUGAAACCCCAUCCAAAUUGACACCCCUAAAACGAACGGCCACAUCCUUCUUGUUGAUGAAUGCCGCGGUAUGGGCGGCGUUGUUUUGUCCGAAAGUCCGUAGAGUAUAUUGUUAUACGAUUGCCAUCUCACCGUUACUCAUCAUUUGGACUAAACUACGGCGUUCGGCCGCUUAA